UUGGCGAAAAGUAAACAUCCUAUUUGCCACCAGCCACUGUAUUUAGUUCUGCAUUUUCUCUCCUGAUUUUCUCUCUGAGUUUCAAUUCUGAAUUUCUGAGUCUGGUCUGACUGUAUCUAGACUGUAUCAAGCUCAAGUGAUGAUAUCAGUUUUCAGUACUUUUCAGAGCUAUGUGCGGAGUUUUCAAUAUGGUAUUUAACUUAAGUAUCGUAAUUAUAACUGAUGUAUUGACUCCAGAGCUCGAGCUUCCCCGCAAGGAAAAUUUCUUUCAAGUUACAGCAUUGGAAGUACGCAAGUAAAAAGUAUUGUCCACAGAAGGAUCGAUCAUAUUGUCUCAUAAGCCUUAACACAUUCACGGUGCCUUUAGCAAAUAGUUCUCACUUCUCAGCUUCGUUUGCUUUUGAAGACUUACAGACUGAGUGUGUUGAAGCAGUUGAGUUCACUUUCAUAGCUUUCAGUUUCAGCUUGCCCAUCAUGAGUACUCCUCGUUUAGAAGUUCAGUGGUCACCUGUUCAUCCGGAUAGAUUUAUCACUUGGGGCACUGAAAUUUUCCUGUACGAAACAGUGGAAAUCAAAGAAGAAACCAAAGCAUCAUGUGUAUUUCUUUCGGACAACACAGUUGCGCACCUCCUUGCAAGCAAUUCUAAUCAUCAUUAUGUCAAAUGUGUGGACAUUUAUCCGCACCCUCAGCCAGAUGUUCUGCUUGCGAUUGGCCAAGCCAAUGGCAAAGUCGUUCUCACCAGUUUUGGCAGUUCUGUCUUCGACAACAUGGGACUCACUGGCAUUGAAAUAGGUCCAAGGCAUGCUAGACAGUGUAACUCAGUAGCAUGGAAUCCGUCUGAUGGACACUUGUUGGCAAGUGCACUAGACAAACACAGAGCAGAUCAUGCAGUACAAGUUUGGGAUGUGCAAAAGUACCCUAUCCAGCAGCGACAGUUUCCUACGCACUUUGUCAGCUCCCAACCUUCAGCUGAGUAUAGUCGCCCAGUUGUUGAAUUUGGUCUUGCAGAUGUUGCUCACUCACUGGCUUGGUUCAAGGAGAAUCCGCGAAUCCUCGUUGUAGGUGUUAAUAAUAAGCAGCUCCGGAUUGUGGAUAUCAGAGAUCCAACCAAAAGUAUGAGUUCUUCACCAACAAAAGCAGUUUUUGAUUUAACAGUUGCAUCGUAUAAUGACAAUAUGAUAGCCUCUCAUGUGGAUAAUCACAUUGCAGUCUGGGACUUCCGAACCUUUGAAAAACCCGUCCUCACUCUAGUUCAGAAUAGAACGGUUUCAAAAGUUUUAUGGUGUCCUACCAGGCACAAUUUAUUGGGCUCUUUGCAACAUGAUAGCUCAGCAAUUUAUCUUCAUGAUAUUCAACAAUCUGUGGAUGAAACAGAACCAUCAGUCCUAGAAAGAAGUGUGCAGCCUGGAUCAGCAUCUUUGUUAACAUCCUUCUCAUGGCACCCAACUCAUGAAAAUAGACUCCUCACCAUAGCUUUAACUGGGGUUUUGACAGAUUAUAGUGUUUUUGAGAGAAUGACUUUAAACUGGUCACCUUGUUCUCAUGUUGUGUGGACAUUUGGUAGGCGCACACUUAAAAUGAUCAGUGAAAAAGACGAGAAUGUAUACAGCCAACUAGAUGAUGUCUCUGUAUUAAUCAAGGAACGGGCAUUAAGCGGCUACGGUCUUAAACCUGAUCUUGCUCAAAACGGUGAUCUGGUAACAGAUGAAGCUCUAAAAAAUGUAUGGCAAUGGUUGCAUCUUAGCAAGUCUUUGGUGGAGCAAGGCGCAAUAUCCCCUCAUGCAACUUCAAAACACCCUGGUAUAAGAUGUGUGAUUGGCCUUGACUCUCUGUCUAACAGUUCAACUCUCAGAUCCGAAUUAACAGUUCAGCUGUGGAGUGACUGUCAAGUUUCAGCUAAAAUUUAUAGAUCAACAGAACGCGAAAAAGCUUUGCAACUUUGUGGCUGGCGGAGCUACGACGUGUCAUCCAACAACAUUGCUACUUUUGUAAUGCAGCUUGAAGGAAAAGGAGCAUUUUCAAGAGCUGCAACCAUAGCUAUUUUUAAUUUGAAACUGCGUCUGGCUGUUGAUAUUUUAAACAGAGGAGCUGUUUCUGUACCACAUUUAAACAUUGUGGCGAUGGCUGUUUCAGGUUUUUCCGAUUCCAAAUCUGGAAUGUGGCGAGAGUUGUGCACAUCAUCCAUGCUGCAGCUAUCAGAUCCGUAUCUAAGAGCAAUGUUUGCAUUCCUGACCUCAGAAUCUGACUCUUAUGAUGGAGUCCUCACGGAGCAAGGAAUUCUAGUCAGUGAUCGAGUGGCGUUUGCCUGCAUGUUCCUUAACGAUUCUAGACUUUGUGAUUACCUAGGAACGCUUACAUCAUGGAUCAUUGAAGAGGGAAAUUUAUCUGGUCUUUUUUUAACGGGAGCAGGAGUAGAUGCAAUUCCUUUACUACAAUGUUACCUUGACGUCACAGGUGAUGUUCAGAGUGUCAGUUUAAUCACGGUUCGUUCUUUUCCUCCUGAAUUGAUCCAGGAAAACCUCCAUCUCCAAAACUGGAUUCAGUGCUAUCGCAAUUUAUUGGACAGCUGGCGGUUAUGGAAUCAGCGAGCUCUCUUUGAUAUUUCUUUGAAUGCGUCCAAACCUCCUCCUCAACAGGUGUUCGUUUCUUGCAAUUUUUGUGGUAAAAGUAUCUCUGCAUAUAUGCAGGGUCUUACUCGCGGAAGGGGACCAUUCGUUCGAUUAGGUGUUACUCCAAACAAAUUAAAGAUAACUUGCUGUCCGAACUGCAGGAAACCACAACCAAGAUGCGCAAUCUGUCUAGUCAAUAUGGGCACAGCAUCCUGUUACUCUGGCCCUAACAGUCUAUUAGCCGUCUCUAACAAUAAGUUUGAUUCAAAGUUAUCAGAAUUCUCCUCAUGGUUCACUUGGUGUCAGACUUGCAGACAUGGUGGUCAUGCAUUACAUAUGACUCAAUGGUUCAAGGAUCACUUAGAGUGUCCAGUAACUGCAUGUACCUGUCGCUGCUUUUCCUUAGAUGCUGCUAGUCGAAUGAAUUCUAUUCACCCUGUUGUAUCAUGAAUCCUGCCUCAGGGGAAACACUUCUGUUUUUCUGCUCAGCGGGAGAACUGCGGAAGCUGCCGCCUCCGAUCGGGCUGAAAUAAUUCGUUGGAUGAAUCCAUCAGGACCGUAUUUUUGUUUCUUCCAAUGCACUGGGGAAACACCCUCAAAACAUUCUGCAAAGUCCGGUCUUGAGCGCGCAUUGACAGUGCGCGCCGGGAGGGCUAGGCGAGGCAUAGGACCGGCCAAAACCGGACCGGACGGAAUUAUGUGGGGGUGCUUUCGAGGCGCGGAAAAAACAAAAAAACACAGUCCUAAUGGAUUCAUCCAAAGAGUUUGUACGAAAUUUUUCAGCCUAAUCGGAAGCGGCUACUUGGGAAGUUCCCCUUUUUAGAAACAAGCUCCCAGCUAUCUUGAGCUGCGCAAGUUUGUAAUACAUGUUUUUAUUGUAAGACUGAAUCUUAAGACUGUUGAUUUGUAAGUAAGCAAUUAUGUUGGUAUUCAAUAGAAUUAUUUCUUACACUCUUUUUGAAAAAUAUUCUUCUACCUCAAAAAUGAAACAUUUCCGAAUUGUAUAAGCUGCUUGAAAUAAAAAAGAAAACAGAAAUUAAGAAUGGCUCAAACCGGUUCUAAAACUUACUCUAAUACUCUCUCUCAGAUAACCGCAUUUGAAAUGGAAGCAAGCAUCGAAACUGGUCUGACUCAUUUUUAAUUCCUUUUAUGCAAAAGAGUCACUUCUAUAAUUUUAAAUUUUAACUUUUGACAAAUCUUGUGCAGUACAUAUUGAUGUUUUCAUUCUUCCUUUAACUCUCUCCUUACGAAAAAACUAAAUAUAGGGUUUCCAGUAACUGAUUUUUCUCACAAUCAGUUUUGUUUUCUCCUCACUUCUGCUCUCUAUUUUUCACUUCCUUCAUUCUUCUCUUCACUUCUCAAUUUCACCAUAUAACUGCAAGUUAGUAACUUCAAUCUGAAUUUGAACGAAAAAGUUGAGACUUGAGUACUUUUAAUUUCUAAAAUAGUAGUCGAUUUCAGAACUGUGCAGAUCGUUUAGAUGUGCGUUGUUAAUCUUUGUUUCUAAGUUGAAAUUUCACAAGUUCAUUGGUUUCAAAACUGCAAAUUAAUACUGCUAAAUACUGUGACUAAGCACUAAAUUUCUGUCUGUGCAUGUAGUACAAGUUCAAUUUUCCUCAAUUGCUAAUUGUCAAAUUCUUUUAAAACUGCUCUUAAAUCAUUACUCUAAAUUCAAUUUACUAAGAAAUAACUUCCUCUAUAAUAUUUUUGACUUAAACUCUGCUCCUUCCAUUUCUUCGUUGUCUUUUGCAAAAAAAAGGGGGUAAAGGAUAAGUCAAAAAUAGAAAAAGGGGAGGUGUUAGUUAGCCUGGGUUGGUGUCAACCAGAACAGGUUGGCAACACGGCCCCGAGAGGGGAAAGACUCAUCAUGGCGUCGGCCGACCAAUUGCUUGUAAUGUGAACGUGUCCUUUCAUUUUUUGAAUACAAUAUGGACCAAUUCACAAAACAUAGUUUGUUUCUUUCCACCCACCACCUCUAAACAAAUGCAGUAUUUGAUGUGCAUAAAAUACAUGUUUCUAGUACUGGUA